UUGCCUCAAGUCAUGGCAAAUCCGAUUUCAUUAAGCAUGUUGACUUUCUUGUUCUUGAUAUUCGGAUUUUGGUCGGUGGUCGAUGGUCAAAACUACUUGGAUUUGGUCAAACAAGUGCAAGAAAUUGAAGAGGGAGAAAUUGCCAAAGCCUACAGAAUUGCUCGAGAAGAGUAUGAGGAAAAUUUUUCCCCAUUUACGGAACUUCCUUCCGGACGAAAAUUUACCAAAGAGUCUGUGGCCAUGGAGUUGAGAAACGGCGUUACCCAAAGGGCCUUGGAGGUGCUGGCCACUCGCAAUCGGUUUCAAAUUGAGAAAGACUCCAUUGACGAUGUGGAAACUGGCCUUCACAAGAUCCUCAACGAUGGGCAAGUGGGAGGUGGUCAGAGUAGCGUGGUGCAGAACAUCAAAAUCAUCCAGUUUGCUUGCUCGGAGGAUGAGAUCAAGUGCGAUCCCACCGACCCCUAUCGAAGCAUCUCUGGCAUAUGCAAUAACUUGGAGAAUCCAAAAUGGGGAGCCAUGAGUACGAAAUUUAGGCGCUUUUUGCCGGCAUCAUACGCUGACGGAAUCAGCAUUCCUCGAGGAGACUUUUUCUCAGCUUUUGGGUUUCAACCACUGCAACGUGAAAGUGAUCCGAAAUGCAUAUCCAUGCUUGACGCCGCUUUGCCCAAUCCUCGUUUAGUUAGUAACGAGUUUGAACAAAAACGCGAUUCUUUGGACCCUAUUCACACCAAUCUGUUUGUUCAAAUCGGUCAAUUUCUGGAUCACGAUAUCACCCUAACUCCUGAGCUGAGAACAGACCAGUGUUGCCAAAAUCCUACCCAAGCGGGUUGUUUUUCCAUCAUCACGGAUGACUUGAGGCCUCCAUUCAGCGGAUGUGAUCAUCAGUCCUUGGAAUGCGCAGCUUCAAAGAUUUCCCCUGGCAAGACCGAUGAAUUUUGCUUUGAAUUUGUUAGAUCCACUCCAUUUUGCCAAGAGAGUCCGUAUCAUGUGAGAGAACAGAUGAAUGCCAUCACGGCUUACGUGGACGGGUCACAAAUCUACGGGUCCGACGUUGAGCGAGCUAUUUCACUCCGAACUUUGAAACAAGGACAACUCAGGACCAGCGGCCAAUGGCUCCUGCCAAGAAUCAGCUUGGACGGAUCCCGAAAAUCUUACACAGCAGGAGAUGUGCGGGCACUGGAAAAUCCUGGCUUAACCGCUCUUCACACCCUUUGGGUUCGAGAACACAACCGAAUUGCUCAAGAGCUCCAAGGGCUCUUUCCAUUCUGGAGCGAUGAGAUCCUAUUCCAAGAAUCUAGAAGAUUGGUGAUAGCUCAAUGGCAAAACGUGGUUUUUGGUCAAUUUGCCACAACAAUGUUGGGUCCAACCAGAAUGGAUGAAUUUGGAUUAACGCUAAUCAGUCCAUCCCAGCAUGACGUCACAGCAGAUUCCUCCAUUAGAAACAGUUUUGCCAGUGCCGCUUAUAGAUUUGGCCACUCCAUGGUUCAAAAAAGCAUUUUGGUCAUGCCUUUGAAUGGGUCCAAAAGUCGAAACUACCCUCUUAAGGAUAAUUUCUUCCUUACCGAACUCUAUGAAUCUGGAAGUGGACAAGGCUUGGAGGAAAUAUUAUUGGGGAUGUUUCAUCAAGGAUCCCAGAACCUGGACCGAUUUAUUGUUAAUGAUAUGAGGAGCCACUUAUUUGAAAACAUUUUUGGCUUUCAGUCGGACUUGAUGACCCGAAAUAUCCAACGAGGAAGAGACCACGGAAUACCGAGCUACAAUGACUUUCGAGAAUUUUGUGGCUUAUCAAGACCUUGCGAUUGGAAUCAAAUUCCACUUGAAGUCAGUCCUAAUGCCUGGGCGUCUCUUCAAACAUUAUAUUCUGAUCCCGAUGACGUGGAUCUAUUUGUUGGUGGCAUCACUGAAGCUCCACUUCAAGGAGGAGUUUUGGGACCAACGUUCGCUUGUCUUAUUGGGAAACAGCUGAACUUACUCAAAUUUGGUGAUAGGUUCUUUUUCAGUCAUGUGGGCGCUCAUCCUCGAAGUUUCUCGGCUGAGGAGAUUGCAUUAAUAAGAAACCGCCAUUUGGGAGACUUGCUCUGUGAUAACACUCAAGUGACAUCGAUUACGACUAAUCUAUUUAUGAUGAACGCUCCUGCCAUGCCUUGCAAAAAUCGAACGAUGUUGGAUUUAAGCUUAUUGGACUUUACCCCAGUUGGACUUUAACAAUCGACUUACAUAAUGAGCUUCAAUCAAACGUUGCCAGAUGUUCAUUUCGUUUUUUUCCCAAUUGCCACCUCAAAAGGUGUAUGUAAUAGUUUUAGGAUUUCAACUUUGUGACGUUAAGUUUGAGAACAAUCCUGAAUGGCAAUGGUUUUCUUCAAAAUUUGCACUUUUUCUUCCGCCUAAAUUUCCAACCAUAAGUCACUUGACUUGUUCUUAUUUCUUCUAGAGCCAAGUAUCCUUCACUUUUGAGCUUUUUACUUGAAUUGCCGGUAUUACGAGUGAAUAAUCAUAGUAGUCGAUUUGCAAGUAUAUUUAUGGCGAAUAGAUAUCGUGAUAAAUAUUGAA